AUGCCUUCCUUCGCCAGUGAUGACGCCGCACAGCGCGAAGCCGGCGAAGCCCUCGUUACCUCCGUGGAUCCCAACCAUCCGGCCAACUUGAUUCCCUCCCUAUGCGCCAAGUUCUGGACCUUGGGAUGGGUCACGGGAACUGGAGGCGGUUGCUCCAUCCGAGAUGAUGACCUUGUCUACAUCGCGCCCUCGGGUGUCCAAAAGGAGCUCAUGACAAACACCGACAUCUACGUCAUGUCUCUCUCCGACCAAGACCUUGAAGCCAUUCGCCAGAAGCAGAAACCUCGCACCUACCUACGCUCUCCUCCCCACUACAAGCCCUCCCAGUGCACGCCACUCUUCCUUGCUGCCUUUACCCGUCGCGGGGCUGGCUGCUGCAUCCACACCCACUCGCAAUGGGCCGUCCUCGUCACCCUCUUGCUCGAGGCUCAGGGCCCUGGCAAGGACAAGGUCUUUGAGAUCAAUAACCUCGAGCAGAUCAAGGGCUUUGGUCGCGGAAUGACCAAGGUUGGUAACUUGGGAUACCAUGAUACCCUCCGUAUCCCCGUCAUUGAGAAUACUCCCCACGAGGAGGACCUCACCGAGUAUCUCGAGGAGGCUAUGGAGAAGUACCCAGAUGCCUACGCCGUCUUGGUCCGUAGACAUGGCGUCUACGUUUGGGGUGACAACGUCCACAAGGCCAAGACCCAGUGCGAGAGCUUGGACUAUCUCUUCCAGUUGGCUGUUGAGAUGAAAAAGCUCGGUCUCCCAUGGAUCACCGAAAUCACCCAGAUCGCUCCCCAGCGAACCUAA